AUGGCAGAUGAUGAAAGUGGUUGUGGUCGACGGCUCGGGCAGAAUGGAAGGGAAAUGGAAAUUUCGAGGUGUCCAAGGACUAGACCUCCAUGGAUCAUGCUGAUGCAGAGCAGUCCUAUCAUUGGCGGAAACUCUUGUCAACCCACGGAAACCUGUUUCGAGGGUCUCGACCACACCGAUUACCGCGGGAAGAGUGGGGUAAAAGCACACACCCCUGAUGUCGAUCUUGUCCUUGAAGUUCUCGCCAAAGGAUGGCGCCGAUUCACACACAACGCGCUGGUAAAUAGACCUUCGUGCUCCAUUUCUGACGGGUCUCUUUUCCACAGUGCCUGUACUGAUAUCCUUACAAAGGAGGGCGUAGCUAUCAAGAAAGUACCUAAACCGUUUACCUCCAAGAUCGAUGCGAAACGGACCAUCAGGGAGGUCGAAUUGCUCAGACAUCUUUGUCAUGAAAAUAUCAUCUCUUUGCGUGAUAUCUUUGUCUCGCCUCUGGACGACAUAUACCUUGUCACCGAGCUUCUCGCCACCGAUCUCUCGCAUAUCAUUCGGUCUAGACCAAUGGAGAAUCAGUUUGUCCAAUAUUUCUUUUAUCAGAUCAUGCGUGCCUUGAACUAUAUCCACUCCGCCGGCGUGGUCCACCGAGAUCUCAAACCAAGCAACAUCUUAAUAGAUGAAAACUGUGAUCUGAAAAUCUGCGACUUCGGCCUGGCCCGAACAGUCGAUCCAAAGAUGACGGGCUAUGUCACAACGAGAUUCUACAGGGCUCCCGAAACGAUGCUCGCGUGGCAAAAAUAUAACGUCGAGACAUCCGAGUAUAUCACUGGAUUGCCAGAACGAGAAAAAUUGCCUUUCGCAAAGAAAAUCAAACAGGCUUUUCCGUACGACGGAGAUCACAGCCUUGACACUUGGAAAACACUUGUAUAUUUUGAAAUUUUGGACCACUUCGGCGGCGCAAGCGCGACGUGA